GGGGCAAACACAGAGGGCGAAGGGCCGGCUAAGACGCUGGAUCGGCGCGCGUCAUCAAAUGAUGGUGCUCCGAAAGAUUUCGAGGCAACUCUGCAGCUUAAAGAAAAUCCCACCGUCAUGUGACUCCAGAUACUUCUGGGAAUGGUUGAAUACAGUGUUUAAUAAAGUAGAUCAUGAACGCAUCAGGGAUGUUGGCCCUGACAGGGCAGCAUCUGAGUGGCUACUUCGGUGUGGGGCCAAAGUACGCUACUGUGGCCACCAGAAGUGGCUAGCGGACUACAACAACCUCCCAGGAGGCUCCAUGGACAGAUACAAGAUCCAAGCAAUUGAUGCCACCGAUUCCUGUAUCAUGGACAUUGGAUUGGAGCACAUGGAGGGCCUAGAGCAUGUUGAGAAAAUCACACUGUGCAAGUGUCAUUACAUUGAAGACAACUGUUUGCAGAGGCUCAGUCAACUUGAAAAGUUACGAAAAAGCCUGUUGGAAAUGGAAAUAAUUGCCUGUGGGAAUGUCACAGACAACGGCAUCAUUGCUUUGCGACAUUUUAGGAACCUCAGGUAUUUGUUCUUAAGUGAUCUUCCUGGAGUGAAAGAUAAAGACAGUCUUGCCCAAGUCUUCAAGACAGCACUGCCUGCUCUAGAGCUGAAAUUAAACCUGAAGUAAAAUAAGUCUGUGCUCUCA